UUCACUGCGACUGAACGAUAAUCCAUCUUCAUUCAUAUUCAUGUUCUUUUAUUUUUUACCGACACGAUUUAACGCAUACUUUUAGCUUGUGAGCCAAGGACACUCAACACAAAGCAUAGGGAGGAACAAUGGCCGUUAAUAGUAUACCGUUUGCAAAGUUUUAAUGAGAACAAUGCACAACAUUGGCGACUAUCAGCGAAUCGAGAAGAUCGGCGAGGGAACCUACGGUGUUGUUUACAAGGCGAAGGAUAUCAACACACAAAAAUAUGUUGCCCUCAAACGGAUUCGGCUGGACAGGUGCCUCAGUCACUUUAAUAUUAUUUUCAGCGAAAGUGAAGGCGUCCCUUCAACCGCCAUCCGGGAGAUAUCCUUACUGAAAGACCUGCAACAUCACUCGAUUGUGGAGCUGUUCGACGUGGCCGUCAUGGAUUCGAGCAUCUACAUGAUCUUCGAGUAUCUGGACAUGGAUCUGAAGAAACUACUGGAUAAGUACAAACCGUCAUUCACGCCUAAGCUGAUCAAAAGCUACAUGCAUCAAAUGUUGGACGCGAUUGCCUUCUGUCAUAUGCACCGGAUUUUGCAUCGGGAUCUAAAACCGCAAAAUUUACUAGUGGAUCGUGACGGUCACCUAAAGCUCGCCGAUUUUGGCCUGGCGCGGUCGUUCAACUUCCCCAUGCGUACGUACACCCACGAAGUAGUGACGCUGUGGUACCGUGCUCCGGAGAUUUUGCUAGGCACGAAAUUCUACGCCACCGGAGUGGACAUCUGGAGUCUCGGAUGUAUCUUUGCGGAAAUGAUCCUAAGGCGACCACUGUUUCCGGGUGACAGUGAAAUAGAUCAACUGUACCGUAUAUUCCGCACCAUGGGCACUCCUGACGAGAACAACUGGCCCGGAGUUUCACAACUGCCAGAUUACAAGCAAACAUUUCCCGGCUGGAGCGGCCAACCAGUUCCCGAGGAGAUCGUACGGUGCAAGGCGCAAGAUCUGUUCCGACAGCUGAUGGUUUACGAUCCUACCAAGCGAAUCUCGGCACGGAAUGCGAUGGUGCUGCCGUACUUCGACGACGUGGAGCUGGUCGCACCGGGAAUUUAGCGUCGUUCCGCGAGAUUGGCUGACCAAUUUGGUUGAAGCUUUAUUAAUGGAGUAAACAUGAGCGCUUUUUUUAAGUUUUGACCAUUUUUAGUACAAUGUCUGAUGUGUAAGUUAUCCCAAAGUUUUUCUGUUCCUGUAUUGAACCAGAGAUACGCAUUUCGCUUAUGAUCUGUUUACAAGCUCUGCCGAUAAUCGUCAUCUAAAUUAUCUGCAGUGGAAUAUAAUAAUUAAAGUGGUAAUGCGGAAAAAAGACGGAAAAUUGUUUAAUUUGUGAUUACUUGAUUAGUGAACUUGUUACAAAUUGUAGUAAUCCUAUCUUGAAGAAAUUUCUAAAAACUUCUAUGAUCGCCACCUAUCCGGGAACUAUUGCAGGUCUUGUCAUGAUUGUAAAUACGGAAAUAAUCUUUUUGAACAAAUAAAUUUU